GGGCUAGAGUACAGUGACAUACUAGUCUAAGCUGCGCGUGCUUUGGCCGGCUUUUUGUCGUCCUUAAAGCUGCUUCUGAAAUCAGUUAUCAGGCGCAAUAGCUCUGUAGACGAUUCAUAUCCACGGCACGGGCAACACUAGCCGCGCCAAGGCGCCCGACGAGCGGUACAGCGCAUCAACCGGUAGCCCGGUUUUUGGACUCUAGCGGUUCGUACGCGGGCCGUGAGCCGCCGCCGGAGGGCCAAAAGGCCGGCGCGCGGCCGCCACCACGUCGCGCGCGGCCGUCUUCCUCGACCGGGUCCACGCGCCGCCGCGGCGCCGGAGCGCGGAGAACAUAAACGUGGCGGCCGAAGCCGGCGCCGCGCGGCGCAAACCCGAACAGGUCCAGGACCCGACCUUCGAGAUUUUGAAGGUUGCGCUGCGGAACCAAUAUAGGGCGCGCGCGAUGCCAAGGCCUUUGUUAGGUACCGGCGCCGACGCGAGGUAUUGGCUCUGUCUCGAUGUGUGCGGGUUGUGCUGCGCUAUUUUAUCGCAAGUGGUCAUCCUGUUCUCGGUGUCGUCGAUUCUGCACGACUUGUAUAGGCACGGCGUCGGUAUUACCGGUUUACUCAAUGCAAUCGUCUGCCUGACGCUGGGAGGGAUGGCGUCGUUAUCCCACUUGAAGGCGAUGCUGUCAGAUCCGGGCGCCGUGCCGCGAGCCGCCGCCCCGUUGGCGCGAGACGAAGAGCGGGCACGCCUCGCCGCGUCCGCGGCCUCCGGCUACAGAUCACGAGCAAAGGGCUGGUGCCACCGCUGCGCGUCCUACAAGCCGCCGCGCGCCCACCACGACUCCGUAACCAAUAGAUGCAUCGUCAAGAUGGACCACUACUGCCCGUGGACGAACAACGCCAUUGGCGUGCUCAAUCACAAGUUUUUCAUCCUGUUCAUCGGGUAUACGUUUGCUCUAUGUAUCCAUUCCAUGGUCGUCAUCGUGCAGUUGACCUACGCGGCACCUCGCUUACCAAAGAUGAAUAGGCAACAGCGAAGGCAGGAGCGGUAUGAUGACGACGCGACGAUCGAGCUAGCUAAACAAAGUUUCAACCCGGGCAAGCUCGGCACUAUUCUGGUUGCGUUUUGUGCCUUGUUGUUCGGGUUGUUCACGGCGUGCAUGCUCGCGGACCAAUGGAGCGUGUUGCGGACAAAUGUCGCGAAGAUCGAUCGCUUGAAGGGCGAGGAGACGGAGUGCGCGUCGGACGUGAACGAGGUCUUUGGGGGGCGAUCGCGGGGUUUUCGCUACGACUGGUUAUUACCGACGGCGCCCGUGUUUCCCGAAUCGGUCCGAGACGACAUCAUGGGUUAUAGAUUAGCCGACAAACGGAGCAUGAGCGGCGACCUGGAGGGCGGCGACGAGGAGGCGUCCUUCGACCAUCCUCAGGACGAAGACUUUAAACGGCGGGCGACGGCGAAGCCGAGCCCCUGAGUAAGGCUACUAGAUAGGUACCGUGACCGUGAU